CUCUCUCUCUCUCUCUCUCUCUCUGUAUAUCCAACUUUUGUUUUUCCAAUGGCCACUGUUGAGGUUUCACCUGUUCCCACCUCAUGGCCAGAAAAUGUCACAACUGAGGUGGUGACCAAGCCCUUGGAGGAGACACAGCCAGAAGAGUCAGUAGCCGUGGUUGCACCACCACCACCUGCUCCGGAGGAGCCAGUGACUGAACAACCAAAGGAGGUAGAAGCCGAAGCAGAACAACCACCAGUUGAUGCCACAGAGGCCGAAGCUCCUCCGGUCGAGACUAAUAAGGAGGAGGAAGUAGUUGAUGUGGAAGAGGAACCCAAAGUUGAUGUUGAAGAGCCAGCGGUAGUGGUGGAGAAAGCAUUAGAAGAGGAGGUUCUAGAGGUGAAGGCAGAGGCUGUUGUUGGAGAAGAAACUACCAAAAAACCCGUCGAUGCACCGGAAGCCCCGGCCGAGGAACCGGCAGAAGAGAAACCAAAUGAAGCAGUGGAGGUGGAAGCUAAAGAAGAAGUUCUCGUUGAGAAGAGUGAAGAAUAUAGUCACAAUGUCUGAAGUGGGACUACAGAAGAAGUUAGUACUGCGAGAAAGUAUUUUGCGAAACAGUUAUAUAGACCUUCCAUCUCACCAAAAACAUGUGGGUGUGAGCCUUGGGGGAGGACCAACAUGUUUCGUGAGAGGAUGGCCAGAUAUCCGUUUCGUGUAGUACGUAAUACUUUCCCAGUGGAAUGGUGCGUGGUUUCACUAGCUAGGAUUGUAUGUCGGUUUUAAGUUUUUAAUCUCGUUUAGUUUAUUUGGAUUAUCAUUGUUGUUGUUGCUAUAUAUUAUGAUUGGUAUUGGUAUGAUUAUUAGGGUAAUGUUGUUUAUGGAUGGGGAUGGGGUUGGGGAUGGGGUUGGGGAUGGGGUUGGGAAGCAAGCAAGCACAAUGUUGUACUUUUGAUUUCCAAUGAAUAAAUACUCCUAGUAGUAUAUUUUGUUAA